GGUGACCUUCGAGGCGGACAGCCUACAGCUGGACCUGACGGAGCUGGCCGAGCGCGGGCAUGCCUUCCUCAGCGUGCACGGAGACCUGACGUUCGAAUGCGACGCGUACGAGGACGCCCAGCCGAUCACCUUCACGACCGACUGGUCGUACCUGAGCCUGCCGACGUGGCAGGCGGCACGCUCCGGUAGCAUCUCCUUCAAGUUCCGCACGAACGAACAGAACGGGUUGUUGAUGUACGAUAGUGGAGCGACGGAAGGAGGAAGGGGAGGGGGAGGAGGGGGGACGCCGGAUUUCUUCACGUUUGAGCUGAUGGAGGGACACGUGUACAUGGUGAUGAAUCUCGGAUCGGGAGUGACGAAGGUCAAGGCGACCAACAGGCGGGUGGACGACGGAGAAUGGCACACCGUCUCUCUACACAGGGAGGGACAGCGUGGUCGCCUCUCUGUCGACGGCACGGCGACGGAUUUCGCUUGUCCGGGGAAAGCUGCGCAGCUCGACCUCAUGGGCCCGCUCUUCGUCGGCGGGAUCGCACAGGGUAACAGCGGCGGGGUCCUACCCCGGGAGGUCUGGUCGGCGAUGCUACAAUACGGGUUCGUCGGCUGCAUGCGCGACCUGGUCGUCAAUGGCGACGCGCUCGACCUGGCGGCAGCCGCAGCGGCGCAGAACCCGGAGGAGAUCCGGCCGUACUGCCGUAAGCUGCCGGCACAGUGCGAGGACGAGCCAUGCUACGAUGGCGUCUGCCGAGAGGGAUGGAACCGCUACAUGUGCGACUGCGCGGCGACGGGGUAUUGGGGUCCGACGUGCUUCAACGGGGCUGUAACGACAACCCAGUGGCACACGCUGAGAGUGAAGCGGCGGGGCAAGGUGAUGUGA